CGGUGGAGGUGCUGCUCGUGGGGGGAACGAUGGCCUUCCUCGCGCGAUUGCGGUGGUGAGGAUGUGGGAUGGCUGCGGCGGGCGGCUAUGAAAGCUGCCGAGUCACGACACUAGAGGCGGAGGGAGCGACUAGUGAUGGGGGCGAGGGCUGGGUGCUCUCCUCGUCUCACGCGGUCGCCGAGGGAAGCCGGCGGCUACUUCUGUUUCCGUUGGCAGCCGCUCCCGCUUCUGAUCUGAGUGGAUCCUGCUCCCGCUCGCCCCUGGUCAACCUCCUGCAUCGGUGCGCCCCUGUCGCCUCCGUCGACUCCACCCGUGGGUUGAGGAGAUGGCCGAAUCGGCCGCCGUGGCGUGCAAGCGCGGCCUGCUACUGCACAACCACUAGCGCCAGUGGAGGAGCUGCGGCGGGGAGGUGUUCAUCUACUCUUUUUUGUCACUGGAAUAAGGCAAUGACGUUUUUGGGCUUCCCCCAUUCUUGGGCUGGUCCGCCGGAGGGGAAGAGCCAGAUCGUUGUCCCUGCUAGCGACAAGUUUAUCUGACGUGGGAUGGUUCGGGCUAGAGGGGUACUUCUACCGAACGAGUUCGUUCGUUCCAGCGACUCUCCCAGCACGAACGACUCGUUCGGGCUGGGGUGUCCCCAGGCCGAUCGUUCGGCAGUUAUCGAUGUCCAAGAUCAUGGCUAUGGAGAUUAGGAUCACCAGAGACGAGGAAUUGGAGUUCUUAUCGGAUCUAGUUGACAGAUUUCCCCUGCCGGAUCUGGCCGGCGACGAGCUACCGGUAGAGCACGGCAGAAGCCAGGCUGUAAUAUGUGGACCUGCGGACUCAAGCAUUGGCGAAGCAGGAGAUGCCAUGGCAGUAGUGGAAACAGAUUUGAACAACACUUGUCAGGGGGUUGCCCUGUCGGCGCCGGCGUCCGAGCAAUCUACAGGGAAGGACGACCCUGAAGCCCCUGGUUGGACGCGAAGAAUCCGUGUUGGGCGUGUGCCUGAUGAAUGGCCCCCAUGUGCUGCCAGGAUGAGUGCAUUAGAGCUAACAAUACGAAGCUAUGCAGAGAAAAAAACUGAAACUGUGAUAGUUCCUGCUAUGGGAGUCAGUUUCGAUACGCUGGGGAAGCUUACGACUACUACAAUCUAUAUUCAUGGGAGGUUGGGUUCGGAGUGAGAUACGGCAAGAGCCAUCUAAAUGUUGAGAGAACAAAAUGCAUGCAGGAGAUAUUUUGCACACACAAAAUGCAUGCAGGAUACGGUAAAAGAAAUUGUUCCAGCAAUUGCACACGCAAGCGGGAACGUUAGUGAUGCAGAAGGCAGUGCUAUCGGGGAUUUCAUAGGACUGAAACCACCUGAGCGGAAAAGGAAAGCCGCGCGACCAACAAAUAGCAGAGAUAAGCCUCCGUAUGAUGACCGGGGUGCAAAAAGCAAAAGGAUGAAGCAACGCACAGCCGCUGAAGAUGUCGAUAGGUGUGGCACGAGCAAACGCACUCGCUUCUGCAGCAUAUGCCGAGAACCUGGUCACAAGAGCACAACUUGUCCGCGACGAGGAGGUCUUCCACCGAAGGAAAGGAACGAGGCUAAAUGCUCUAUAUGUGGUGUCGGUGGCCAUAGGAGAAACACCUGCAACAAGCCAAAGGUUGUUCUAUAUGUUGCUGGGACAACUAACGUGGACACGAAUGCACUCACCAGUCUGAUUUGAGAUCGUCUGUUCAAUCUGUGUAAUAAACCUGUUCUUGAGGGCUCCGCAGCCGAUAAUUGAUAAAUCUGUGUAAUAACAUGCUGCGUCGAUCUCUGUGUGCCAUCUCUUGUGUUUGCACCUCAUUAUGUAAUGACCUGUUGAAUUUCAGAUGUGUUUUCAGUUCCA